UUGCAUGUGUUUAAAGAAUAGAUAACCGUCGAGGGCCACGUCCUCUACACCAUAAUCGUGAUGAAACCCCACUCUCUCCUACAAACUCUCAAGAGUUCCAUCUUUGAAGCUUGAGAGAUUACACACGAACAUUAAAAAAAAACCAUGUUUGGUUUUUUGUUUGGAUGGAGAAAGGCUUCAAAGUGCAAGAGAGUGCUGAAGCAGCUUCAGCGUCGUCUAAACCUUCUCAAGAACAAGAAACACGUCAUUUCUUCACACCUACGGCACGACAUAGUCCAGUUACUCCGCAUCGGUGAACGUAACCGUGCUCUUCGUCGGGCUCACGAUCUCUUCCUCGAUGAGAGUCUCGUGUCACUCUACCACUCGCUCCUCCAGUUCUCUGACGUCAUCCUCCAAAACCUCUCUUACAUUCGGAGGCAUAGAGAAGUUUCUGAUGGCGUCUACGAAGCGGUUUCGACGCUAAUCUUUGCCUCCGCGAGGUGUGGUGACUUGCCUGAGCUAAGGAAGUUGAGGGCUCUUUUUGGAGAGAGGUACGGGAAGCCCUUUGUCUCAACGGCUCUCCAUCUUCUGCCUGGUAAUCGUGUCAACCCUCAGGUUUGUCCAUGUCUUCUUCCUCUCUUCUCUCUAUUUGUCUACCAAGUACUAUACAUACUCGCAUUGCAGAUUGUAGAGAAUCUCUCAAGAAUCUCUGUAUCGGAUGAUGCCAAGUCCAACUUGUUGGCUGAGAUAGCAGCGGAGUUCGGCCUCCCUUUACAAGUUUUGGCACUCGAAUACACUCCAAAAGUUCACAAACAGGUAACCUCUGCUCAGCCGCGUUUAUUUCAAGAGGAUGAAAGCGAAGCAGAAGUGUAUAAGUUCACUCUCACAGACGCCGACUUGGAGGAAAAACAAGAAGAGAGCGGUAAUAAAGCAUCAAGGGAUCAAAGAAAAGUAUGUGUUGAGAAUGAUUGCAUAGAGGAGCGAGUGGUGGGUAAAGAUCAGAGAAUAUUCAGAUUCAUGGAGUCUAAAGAAGAGACAAGAGAUAAAAAGAGGUCAAGGAGGAGAUCAAGAACAGCAUCAAGCAGUCCAAUGGCCAAAGACGUGGAGUGUUGGAGGUACUACAACAUUGGAAACAGGAGACGUCAAAGGAAAAAGAGUGGUCAGUGUUACCACAUAGUGUACAACGUGUUUACAAUGUGGCAUGAUCAAAAGGAAAAAGGACAAGGAGAAAGAGGUAUAAAGGAAGCUAAGCAUGUUCAUCCUAAGCUUCCUGACUAUGAUCAGAUUGCUGCUCACUUUACUUCCCUUAGGAACCAACACCAACAAAAGGUGCCUUGAUGCUAACUCCUCGCUCUUAGUUAUGGAACAAAAAGUAUGAUCAUUAUAUUGGGUAGGUCAAUCACAACUUUUGGUCCAUUGCUAAGCUUAUGAUGCUUCUGCACAUUUUUGCAUCUUUAUUUACUUCUUUACAUCCAAUUCUAUUUUUUCUGUUCUAAAUCGACAUAAAU